AGUCGUGUUGGAGCCCCGGUCUGGGUAGGCCGCCCGCGCAGCCCGCGCCCCCCCGCGCCGUACGCCCCCCGUAGCCCUCACGUGGUUCUGCUCGGCAACAACAACCCCCCUGCAGCGGCCGCCAAGAUGGCGCUGGUGUGCGGCUCGACCCGGGCAGCGGGCGCCUCGACGGGCUCCUCCGGGCCGUGCAGUCCAGGGGGCCGCCUGGCUGGCCGCGAGUGACCGGGGGCCGAUGGGGGUGACCGACGACGGCGCUGCAGCCCCGGCGGACUCGCUGGCCUGGCCGAGGGCCUGGCCGCCACCACCGCGGCCGCAGCGGCAGCAGCAGCAGCGGCCACCGCGACCGUCGCCACAGCAGUGUCGCCGUCACGGCCUCGACCGCCACUGCCAUCGCCACAGCCCCCGGCGAUGAAGUCAGCGUACGCGCCGUCCUCGUCCGCGGCGGGGGCGGCGGGCGCGGACGAGCACCAGCAGCACGGCGGGCUCGGCGAGGAGGAGGCGGGGGCGGGCGCGCCAGGCGCCCCUCGCGGCGCGGGCGCCUGGCUGUGCUGCAUGCCGUGCGCCUGGCUGCGCGGCCACGCCGGGGUGCACCGCGCCGCCCUCACCUCCGCCACGCUCCUCGUGACCGCGCUGCUCGUCGCCUCCCCGGUCCUCUUCCUCAUCACGUCCAAGCCCCAGGAGCGCAACUUCAACCUGCCGUGCGACGCGCCGGACUCCGACGGCUGCAAGGGCGGCUUCAGAGAGUGCACCAGCGAGAUCUGCCGCCUCAUGGGCAAGAAGAUUGGCUCCAUGCUAAACCACUCGGUGCAGCCGUGCGACGAUUUCUACCAGUUCUCGUGCGGGGACUGGAGCUACUCGAAGGAGAAGGCGUGGAGCCGCAUCCCCUGGAGCUCGUUCAGCAACAUGGCCAAGAGCCAGGAGCGCGCCGCUGCCGCCGCCGCCUCCGCCGCGGCCGCUCCGCUGCCGUGGAUGGAGGAGGACGAGCUCACCCUCGGCCGGCGCUCGCCGCGCCACUCGCCGCCCCCGCCCGCCAGCGGCGUCGCCUCGCUGCAGAGCAGCAUCGAGAGACAAGUGCAGAGACUGCUGGAGAAGGCCUCCGGCACGCGCUUCGACAAGAUAGGCCAGUUCUACGAAGGCUGCCUGAGGGCGGGCGACAAGCGCCUGGCGCUCACCCCUCGUAAGUCAAUGCUCAACCUGCUGGACGAGCUGGGCGGCUACCAGCCGAUGAACGCGACGCCGGACAUCAACAAGCUGCUCGCGUCCAUCGCCACGCUCAACGGCGGCCCCAUGUUCCGGCUGUCGGCCGACCAGGACCUGCAGAACCGCUCCCGCUACGCGCUCUACGUGGACACGCCCAAGCUGCCGUGGAUGGCCACGCACCCGACCUUCUACAGCGAGCACCUGGUGCAGCCCGGGCCGCUGCCGCACCUCCGCGCGCUGCUGCCGCCGCCGCAGCCUGACUUUUACGCCAAUUUAGGCAAUGUCCGUCACCGGCGCCGUAGCGAGGCGGGCAACAGCAGCACAAACAGCAGCUCAAGCAGCAGCAGCAGCAGCGGCGAUACCUUCGCCUUUGCUUACGUCAAGGAGAGGCUGCACGAGAAGCGCUUGUACCGAGUGGACCGCCUGCUCGGCAUCUUCCUACCGUCCAGCCUGUCGCAGAAGGACCGCCGGGCCAUGGCGCAGUCCAUCCUGCACUUCGUCACGUCCCUCGCCAAGGCGAUUCCUCGGGAGAAAAAUCUCCUUUAUACGACCAAAGACCUGUCAUCGUUCAUCGAGAUGAGCUUCACGUUGGACGAGAUGCAGAAAAAGUUUGACUUCCUUGACUGGAAGGGCAUCUUCAUGGACGUGUUUAACGCCACGGAGAUCCAAGACAACCUGACGGUGUACGUACUGCCACCGCAGUACCUCGCCGAAGUGGCAAGACUGCUGCCCCGCUUCCAGCCUAGUGUGGUGCACAACGGGCUGCUCAUGAUCUUCGCUACCGACUCGCUGCUCGAGCUCGUCGACGUGACGGACGCUCCGGACUGGGCCGUCAAGUGCACCCGGGUGACGAUGCAGGUGUUCCCCAAGGCCGUGGGCGCGCUGUACGCCAGCGUGUGGCCGCACGAGGACCUCGAGAACCUCCGGGAGAGCCUGGCCAACCUGCUCGAACUGCUCAAGGACACGACGGUGAAGCGGCUCCAGCACGUGCCCUGGAUGGACGAAGACUCGCGCGCCGCCGCGCUCACCAAGAUGCGCAACCUCAAAGGCCGCUUCCUCGCGCCGCCCAGGUUCUUCAACGAGACGUGGGUCGAGAAGGAGCUCUCCAAGAUCACCGUCGACCCCAACGACUUCUUCGGGAACGUGUUUCGCCGUUUCCGGGAGGGAAGAAUGGACAUGACCAAACUCAGCCAGGCCCCGCCUCCCGUGUCCUGGGCGUAUCCUUUCGUGGCCAACGCCUACUACGACCCAACGUCCAAUGCCGUCGUGGUGCCCUUGGCCAUGGUGUCGCAGCUCUACACGUACGGGAUAGCGCCGCGCUACCUGUGGCUGGCCCAGCUGGGCAACACGCUCGCGCACGAGCUCAUGCACAGCUUCGACAUCAACGGCUGGCACUUCGACGAGCGCGGGGAGGCGGCCAGCUGGAUGACGCCGGCCACCCGGCUCAAGCUCACGGCCAGGAUCCAGUGCCUCGUCAACCAGUACGCCGCCACCUUCUCGCACUCGGUGCGCCUGUUCGGCAGGUCGCACAGCGUGGCGUUCGACUGGAACGUGACCAGCAACGAGAACCUGGCGGACAUCGGGGCGCUGCAGGUAUCGUACGACGCCUGGCUCGACCUCCACAGGGCCAACCCGGACUUUCGACUCCCCUCGGUGGACCUCACGCCGCACCAGCUGUUCUUCGUCGGGGUGGCUCAGAACUACUGCUAUGAAAUUUCCGACGAGUGGUACGUCACCAUGGUCGAAAUCGAUGAGCACACGCCAUUCCGGGAGAGGGUAAACGGCAUGAUGAUGAACUCCGAAGGAUUCGCCGAGGCGUUCAAAUGUCCACCAACGGCGAGUCUUGCCAAAUUUAGAAAGUGUUCGGUUUGGUGAUUCGAGUGUGACCAGUCGACUCGAGCGGCCGCAACAAACAGCAACAAAUUAUUGUGAUGUUAGUUUUUUGAGGUCUCUAUCCGCUGGGGUUGUGACCUUUUAAGACACUUUUGUGAUUGUUUCUUGGUCAUUCUUUUAACAGUGUAAUAACUAAAUGAUCCGGCCGAGCAGUGCAGUGCUUGAAUAUGUUUUGUCAAUAGUAGAACAUUUUUGCAGUGAAUGAGUGGAUGAAUGUUUGAAUGCAGCACGACUCAUUUUGGAGUGCGUGCUUUAACAUGCUCAACAUGAUCUUAUGUACAGUAUAAUUGUUACCGUUUAAAGGUCAAUUGCAGAGAGGUAUUUUGAAAUUAUAAUGAUAAAAACGAAUGUAUAUUAUGGUACUGAAAAGAAAAUAAUCGUACCUGCA